GUAAUUUCCAGGGCGCGAGAGGAAAGUUUACCGAAGAAAGAGCGUCAAUGGACUCGCUGUAGCGAUGGAUUAGACCACACUUUGUGUUGUUUUUGGCCGAAUAUGGGCGGCCAUGUUUAACCCAAAUACGAUUUAUAAAAGAAUUGUAGCUCCCAAAAUGAAAUGGAGCUGGCAAAGCCCUAUUAAGUUGUGACAUGGAUUGGGUCGGAGCAGGCCCUCUUGGAGAUGAGGAUGUUGAAGAACUGCGCUCUGAGCGCUCAAUACGAGGACUCAAGUCACCUGAAGAGAUAGAAAGGCUCACAGUGGACGAAAAUCUCGAUACCGUAGAGCGAGCAGUUCUUCUUGUAAGCUCUGGUGUGGAAAUUCAAAAACUUAGUGUGAUCACUAACCUUCCAAAGCUUCUGGAGACAAACAGUGCAGAUGUUAAUCGAAGAGUUGUACCUUUACUAAGAGAAUAUUUAUAUAUAGCACCAGUGCAUAUCCAGCUAUCAGCCAAUAAAUCCUUUGUGAAGAUCCUCCAAAAUACUUCACUCCCAACAUAUUUAUUUGCAUCAUCAUUCCUGCCCAUUAUUUUGCACAACAUUGACAACAAAGACUCAGUUAUAGGUAAUGCCUGGCUAGACACACUACUCAUCUCUAUAGACUAUCUGCCCAAGGAUGUUAUUAAACGAGAGGUCUUGCCUGUUGCUAUAUCCAAGGGACAACUUUCACAGUCAGUCAGCUCUCGGCUUGCAAGCUGUAAACUACUUGGACAUAUUGCUCCAAAAUUUGAGCCAUUCUGGAUUAAAAAGGAAAUCAUGACUCUGGUUACUUCACUUUGCCAAGAUGUUGAUUAUGAAGUCAGAGCCUGCAUGUGUCAGGAGUUGGAAUCAAUUGCAAGAGCUCUGGGAACUGAGACAACCAAAACUUCUGUCAUUCCUGAGCUUGUAGAGCUGACGAAUGAUGAGGAGACUAGUGUUCGACUUUCUGGUAUGGAGACGAUUACCAACCUGCUCAACCUUCUUGAUGAUGAUACUUGCACAAGUACUAUAAUACCAUUGGUAAAAAGGUUCUGUGAAAAUGCACCAAAAUCUUCAAAGGAGUCUCUCAUAAUGGUAGCCAAGCUACUUGGAAAAUUGUGUCAUGGACUUUCAGUGAACUUUGAUGAAGUCCAGAAAAAAUGGUUCCUUGACUAUUAUCGAAGAAUUAGCAAAUGUGGAAGUCCAAAUAAGAAUAACAGAGUUGGAAGCCUGUCACUGGCAUUACAGAGUUCAAGUUUGUCCGGAGCAACCAUUCAUGAUGAUGAUGACGCAGAGUGCCGUAGAUGCUGUGCUUUCAAUUUACCUGCCAUGGUGCUAUUUGCUGGCCCAAAGAAUUUUAGUGCAGAGCUGUACCCGACUUUCAAUGCCCUGGGAGGUGACCCUCAUGCGUUGGUGCGCAGGACAAUAGCAUGUGGAAUACAUGAGGUCGCUAAGUUAUUAGGCUCAAAUGCUGGAUUAAUACAACAAGAUUUAGGGUUAUUAUUAAAAGAUGAAUCUAUUGAGGUUCUUCAAGGCCUUAUUCAUAAUUUACCAGAGAGCUUGGAGUGUCUAGCUACAUGCGGGCUUACAUCCAAGUUGAAUAAUUUGUCAGACGUCAUCCCUUCACUGGUGGCGUGUGAGCUGGCGAUUGCAUCUUCCAGUAACUGGCGUUUGCAUGUGGAACUACUUGAAAAGUUUGCAUGCUUCCCAAAUUGCUUGAGUUCAGAUCAGAUCUACUACAAGUUUGUGCCCCUUUUAUUCAGGCUGCUCUCUUCAAAUCGAGUUUUACCUGUAAAGCUGGCAGCAGCACGCACAUUGUGCGUUUUUAUCCGGUACAACAGACGGUAUGAGCAGCGCCAGGAAUUGUGCUGCAGACUGAUACAAGAAUGUGGUCGUGGCAAAAGUUAUCGAGCACGACUCCUAUUCAUUGACAUUUGCAAGUUUAUAAUGGAAUUAUUCUCAAGAAGUUUCUUCAAGGAGAAUUUCUUCGAGUUUUUAUUGGAGCUAGCAUCGGAUAAAGUACUUAAUGUGCGGCUCAAGUUUUGCUCAGUUCUGCCGACGCUCAAGUCCGUGCUGAAGCUCUCGGAUCGUGUGCUCUUGCAACAGCUGGAGCAGUGUGUGCGCCGCCUGCUCAGCUCAGAGCAAGAGCCUGACGUGUGUGCUGCAGUUCGCGAUGCGGUGAUGAAGUUAGAUAAAAUCGAGAUCGUCAUGGAUACGAUGUCACGCCGGACGAUGUUCGAAGAUGAUGUGAACGACCAGAAGAAAGAGGAGGAGGAAAGGCUGUUAAUAGCAAUGGAGGAAAAGGAGCGCGAAGAGUUGGGCGGAGGCCGCCAGCAAUCAGACGCCAGGAAGAAGUCGAGAGGGGAUGACAAACUGGUGAAGAAAGGCUCACUCAAGUCUAAAACGGGUAAAGAGCAAGUGAAGAGAACAACUUCAGGCUCCCACCCUUCCUUAGCAGGGGGGGCCUCGUCAUCCAAACAAUCUCAGAAGUCUUCCGUCACCUCGAAAAGCAGUAGCUCACCCAAGAGCUCUCCAUCGUCAAGUCUACAGCGACUCCCUAACAUCUCUUCGGCUUUGCCUUCUGUGCCUUCGACGUCUAGCUCUAGUAGUAUAGGAGGCACGGUGCGGAAAAACUCUCCAAGUGCGAGCAGUCUUGCCGCACGAGUAUCCAUCGCCAACGCCGCCAAGAGCAACUCUAAAAACACGAAGCCAGACAGAUCCAGUGAACGAAGCACUGGAUCAAAGAAUAAACGUCUGACAGCUGGGUCCUACAUGAAAUCUUGAUAUUGACACAGACUGUAGACUCGGCAUAGAGGAAGAGAAGAUGAGCGACCUCGACUCAAGGGCUCCCCGCCGCGCCCAAACUGCACGUUUUGUGCUUCAGGGCCCACAAAUAUGAAUGAGUGGCGCACGUGCUGCAGUUAUGAGGUUCAUCCUCGCUACAAAUCUAGGGUUAUUCAUACCAAAGUAUGACAUAAAGGAUCGUGGCGUCCUUUAUUUAGUUUGUAUAUAUUGUUACAGAAUUUAUGGCCAUUUGACGGGUUUGAGCGAAGACCUAAGGUCCACACCUUCACGCGAAAUGUAUUUAUUUUGUCACCCUCCGUUCCCUGUGAUACACAUAUAGGGUCAUACCGUUUUCCUGGACUUCAGUGCGUUUGAAUAUUUGUUGCUAGACUGUGGCACGACCAAAGUCGGGCGACUUUUAAUGGCCUGAGAAUAUGUGCAUAUAUUAGCCAGACAAAUAAGAGGUUUAAUAAAAAGCAAUAUAACAUG